CAUAUGAAAUGUAUUUUCCUGUUUUUUUUUUUUUUUUAAUGUUUAAAUGAAAAGUUUGAGAAGGUAUAGCCCUAAAAUACCCUAGAUCAUUCUGGAGUUCGGGUCAGACAGCCGCCGCACACUAUUUCUUCCGCUUCGCCUUCUUCUUCUUCUUCUUCCACUUCUGGUCUCAUCUAUCUUUCGAUUCUUCACUCCUUCACAAGGCUAACUAUUUGUUUUCUUCUAGUCAAAAAACCGGAGUAACAAUUCCAAUUCAAAUGGAGGACUGGGAGGAUGAGCAUAUUCCGCCUGUUAUUACUACAGAGCCACUUAGUAGUAAAUGGGCUGAUGAAGAUGUGGAUGAGAAUGAUGUCAAGGAUUCAUGGGAGGAUGAUGAUGAAUCUCAACCUGCUACUGAACCUGCAAGAAAUCCUCCUGCUGAUAAAGCACCUAAGAAAUCUUCAGUAAAGGCUGCUGAUAAGAAAGUUAAAGCCGUUGAGUCAAAGGAAGAGCCACUAGAUCCUGUAGCUGAGAAACUUCGCCAACAGAGGCUUGUGGAAGAAGCAGAUUACAAGUCCACAAAGGAACUGUUUGCUAAGAAAGGCGAAGACAAAACUCUUGAUAAUUUUAUCCCCAAAUCUGAAAGUGACUUUCAGGAAUACGCAGAACUGAUCUCUCAUAAACUAUUACCGUUUGAGAAAAGUUUUCAUUACAUUAAUCUGCUUAAGGCAGUUAUGAGACUGGCGACGACUUCAUUGAAAGCGGCAGAUGCUAAAGAUGUUGCAUCUUCUAUCACAGCAAUUGCAAAUGAGAAGCUAAAAUUGGAAAAGGAGGCCAAUGCUGGUAAAAAGAAGACAGGUAGGUGUUUCUUAUCGUUUGUGUUUUUCUUCUGUCUUUUGUAUGUUUUAAUUUGGUUUAGUUAUAUUGUUCUUAGGUUGAUUUGGAAGCGAAGAUAAAAUAAUUUAGAUUAGAGGCAGAUGCAUUAGAAUAUUAGGUACUUUAUAAUAUCCAUCAGUACAAUGUUUGAAAUUGCAUUUCUAUUGCGCGCCUCGUUUUGAGGCAAAAAGACGCACUAUUGUGUGCACCUCAGUAUUUGUAAGAGAGGCGUACGCCUCAAACGUGUGAGGUGGUGGAAAAUGGUCUAAGGUGUAUAAAAGAGUGAGGCGCACGCCUUAAAAAAACAAGAUUUAAGGUUUUUUUUAGCCCAUUUUCAUUCAACAACUUGAAAGAUAGCCCAAUAACAUUUAACUUAAGAAAAGGGCCCAAUAAAGCACAAUAAAAACCCAAUAAAACAAAUAACUAAAAAAAA